CGGAAGGUGUAGGGCGACACGUGACCGUGUAACCUCGAAUUCAUGCGUGCAAUCUCUAGUACAUGAUGGAUGUUGUAAGAUCGAUUUUAGAAGACGACCAAGGAGAGGUGGAUCUAAGUAAAUCCACGAAGGUUCAUAAGGAUGUAGAGCUCGACAUCGACUUGGGGACUCUACUCGCGUCCGACUAUAACACUUUGGACGCGAAGACUCUCAAAUCGAAACCAGAUUCAUAUUUGAGAGACCUCACGAGAGACAAUGUCCAGUUGCUGAUCAAUAAAGUCUGGGAGCUGCCAGUGGAACGGGUGGACGAAGCUAUAGUGGCUACUUUGCCAAAGCCCGAGUACAUAUUGCCACGCUCGCGCGUGAUUCCGAAGCCCAAGCCUCUGACCAAGUGGCAGCAAUUUGCCAAAGAGAAGGGAAUACAAAGCAAGAAGAAGGGUAAAUCCAAACUCAAGUGGGACGAGGAGUUGAAGAAAUGGAUUCCAACGUACGGUUAUAAGCGAGCGAAGGCUGAAGAACAGAAGGAAUGGUUGGUGGAAGCCAAGGACAAUGCCGACCCGACCGACAGUCCGUUUGCCAAAGCCAAAGCGGCUAAGCAGGAGAGGCAAUCCAAAAACGAAUUACAGAGGCUUCGCAAUAUAGCCAAAUCGAAAAAUAUCAAGCUACCGAAGGUCGGUCUACCUACCAGAGAACAUUUCCAGAGUUCUCAACAGCUUUCCGAAGCUCUGACUGUAGCCCGUGCGUCGACCGCGUCUGUUGGGAAAUUUCAAUCUAGAUUGCCGAAAGAGAAGGACGCAAAGGGAAUUGCCAAGGAGAUGACGGGAAUGAAAAGGAAGAGGAAAGCGCCGCCGUUAAACGCUAUAGAGGAGAAGCGUCAGAAUAAAGGCCUGGUGGACAGCAUUUUGAAGAGCAGUGCAAAGAUCUUGCGCGACGAUUGCUCGACGGGAAUUGCAGAAAUAAAGCAGUCUGCGACGAGCGGUGGUAAGAAGAGGAAAGGCGCACUGAAAAACAGCAAGAGUAAAACCGCUAAAAAGCCGAAGGCCGGAAAAGGCAAGCGAGAUUUGCACAAGAAAAUCGGCGGCAGAAAACGACGAUAAAUUGAGAUGUAACAAUAUUCUUAAUAAAUCGAAUUUUAUGUAUAUA